GGUCAAUGGCGUCUUUGCUCAAUGGGAUGGGCCAAAUACCGCAAUGAGCGACUUUGCUCUUUGGGUUGGAUUCAGUGCCGCCUUGAUUCCUGCAUCUGGGGGCAGUCAGGGGUGAUUGCUUUAAUCUUCGUGGACAACUUUUACUUCUUUGGGGCGCAGGAGGACAUAAACGCUGUCUAUCCCGAAACUGCGAUGGCUCUCACGCUUGUCGCUGAGCCAGCACAAGAAACCGCAACAGAAUUCGUUUACGACAUUCUGUCAAUUUCGGUUCAUCUGGGGAAAAAUGGCCGCCUUUGACGAAAUUGGAAACCGCAUGGAAUCACGCAUGGAUCAUUAAACCGCAUGGAAACCGCAUGGCAGAAACGAAGUUACAAACCAGGCAGAGUCAACAUAUUGAUUACGUUUUUAGGUCGUAUUUAUGGUAAGUACAAGUAGCAUCUCAUCGUGUUUAGUGCCUAUCGUUUAUCGUUCAUCGUAAGUAGGCACCUAUCGUUUUUCAAAUCGCAAACUUCACAUCGUAUUUCGCAUUCGCUUUUCGUAUAUCGUUCACAUCUUCACGUAGAUUCUCGUUGCAUUUCAAAACAUCAAUUCGUAGGCUUAAGUAGAAUUUCAGCGUCUUUCAGGGAUUUUAACAUUUAUUUUCAGGGUUAUUUUCACAUCAUCUCAGCACUUAAUUUUGUAUAAUUGCAUUCAAAAACGCAAUGCAAAUUUCACAUCAUAGCAUCGAGUUUGGUACUACAAACAUUUAUCUUUUACCUAAGGAGUUGUCGCAAUCGACAAUAAAAAUAGUCACUAUUUCUUCUGAUCCAACUGUUUAAUUUUACUAGUUUCCAGAACGCAUUCGCCUACGCUUUUGAUCCUAGGAGAACUAGUAGCCGCACCGCAUGACAUUCGGAGUAGGAGGGGAUGUAAGAAUCAUGUCGGUUCGAACUCCAAAACCUCCCGAUCGGUAAUCCGUUCGUAUAUACUCCGAAUAGUCAUCGGUCGUACAUCAAUCGCUUUGCUCUCGUCGGUAUCGUACAUAACUAGCUCGUGCGCACUUGCUACCUAUCGUCGACGUAUACUAGUACUAAUGCCACUAAAUCUGCAUGCUAUCGUGACUACAACAUUUGACAUGCACAUCAUACCAGGCGCCUUGAGUCAAGUGACAAUUUGCAUUCCCACUAUUAGCAUCGUAGUUUGACCGUCAAUACGGUUUACCUUUUGGGGGGUUGAAGUGUGUUCGACAUUUU